AUUUUUUUUUACUUUGAUCUCUGCUAGGAGAUUCCUGCAAUUGUCUUAAUUGAAACUAAACAUCGUAAAAUACCCCAAGUUCAACGUUCACUAGAUUAAAUAAACAUGGACCGUACCGAAUCCAUAAAAACCAUAUAAACAGAGAACAAUUAAAAAUGUGGAUCGAAUUCUCAAAGUUAGUGCUGUGUUUUUACUUUUGUUCUGCAGUGGCAUCCACCACGUACCAAUCGCAAUUGGAUUACAUUAAGCGCAGUGACAGGUAUCCCUCGAAAUAUGCAGUGAGUAGUUCUAGUUACAAUUACAAAGUGAGCAAAUCUAGGUACCCAAAUUUAGAGAAGGUCAAGACUCGCAUCGAAAACAUGAAUAACGAUGCAGAGCCCUGGGGGACGAAGACUCUGUUUUCUAGGAUCAGGCAUAAGGGAUGGACCAAGCUUAGGCCGACGACGACUACUACGACCACCACGACUACAGAGAAUGGCUUGUUUGAGACUUACGGGGAUCUAGAAGACGGCGACUUGGAAGAUUAUGACAGUUUG